AAUCUCUGUCCGAAUUUCGUGAAAAAAUGAGCGAGUGGUGGCAAGGAGAGGGAGUUUAUGUUGAUGAAUUUCAAGCGGUUGGGGACGACUUGGAUAUAUACAACCAACGGUAUUAUCUCGAGCAAGGACCGUUGGAUCCAACCGACUUGUACGACCAACCCAACCAUCGGUCAAGGGAUGUUUGGAACGAUCACCCGCCUACAGGGGUACGACCAAUGUGCUCCCAUUCCACCCAGCUAUCUUGCUUUUUCUCAAAAGGGCACGGUUGGACCCGAUUAGGUAUUUUAACGGCAUCAAAGUCGAUCGCCAACUCGUUACCGCAUUAGCUGAGAGAUGGGGAAAGGAUACCCAUUGUUUCAACUUUAGAGAAGGAGAGGUCACCAUCACGCUAAAGGAUGUCGCCAUCCUAACCCAUCUGCCCAUCGACGACAAACCGGUGUGCGCGAGUGAUCAUCCCCCCGAGGAUCAUGACGGUAUGCCCGGUUGGGUUCAUUUCAUCCACAGUGUUUUGGGGGUGAAAGUACCAGUCAAGGGGAGCGUUGAUGCGACCGAUCGCUUGCCACCAAUGAGGAAACACCAAGUCUCAAUUACUUGGUUGACGAAAUAUUUUAGAGACCGUUACGAGACUCAUCCCCUAACCGAGGAAAGUCCGGAGGAUGAGAAGGAAAGAUAUGCUCGUGUCUAUCUCAUAGGCAUGAUCGGAGGAGUGUUCUUCUCCAAAAAAUCAAGCAAUCUCCUUAGCUGUGGAUGGCUUAGGAUCAUCCUCGGUAGUUGGGAGGAGAUGGGGGAGUUUAGCUGGGCAUCCGCUUGCCUAGCUUAUAUCUACCACAAUUUGUGCAAUGCGUCUCUAAAAUCUGUGAGGGAGGUCGGCGGCACAAUGUUUAUCGUCCAAUUUUGGGCUUGGGAGCAUAUGCCAUGGAUUGCACCGGUCCAACGUCCCGACAGGGAUCGGCCAAUCGAUCAUCCCCUAAGAGGUGAAGCUUAUGGUACAAGGUGGCUCGGACACACAACAUGCGACAACCUUGCCCAACACAAGUUGGUCGAGUAUCGGAGGAGGUUUUAGCGACUUUGGGAAGGAGAGCAGGUUCAGUGGUGGGUGUCGUUGUCCAUUAACUAAUUGACAGAGUACUAACGUCGAUGUAGUUGAUUUUUAAUUGUUGCUGAAUAAUAUUAUUGAUUGAAUUAUUGCUUCUUCCUCCCCCUGCAAAGGAUAAGUUGUUGUUCCAGUGCUGCACUCUUUUCCUGCUUAUGUUUUAGCUGAUUGAUGAGGG